GUUUGGUUGUUUACAAUUGUCGAAAUUUAGAAAAACCGCCUAAUUGUUCAUUCCUUGCGAAAAAUGGCCACCACAAUCAGCACGCAGCGUGGACAGGUGUACAUAGGGGAGUUGCCUCAGGACUUCCUGCGGAUCACUCCCACCCAGCAGCAGCAGCAGGUGCAGCUGGACGCUCAGGCAGCCCAGCAGCUGCAGUACACUGGCUCCAUCGGUACUGUAGGCCGCCUCAGCAUCACUGUAGUACAGGCUAAGCUUGCUAAGAACUAUGGAAUGACGAGGAUGGAUCCGUACUGCCGAAUCCGCCUGGGCUUUGCUGUUUACGAGACACCCACAGCACACAACGGGGCGAAGAACCCACGAUGGAAUAAAGUCAUUCAGUGUACUGUUCCUCCGGGAGUGGACUCUUUCUAUCUAGAGAUCUUUGAUGAGCGGGCAUUCUCAAUGGACGACCGUAUCGCUUGGACGCAUGUGACCAUCCCUGAGGGCCUGAGAGAGGGCAGUGUGGUGGACGAGUGGUUCCCCCUGAGCGGGAGACAGGGAGACGACAAGGAGGGCAUGAUCAACCUGGUCAUGUCAUUCGCUUCCAUGCCUGCUGGCAUGAUGAUGCCAUCCCAGCCUGUGGUGCUCAUGCCCACAGUCUACCAGCAGGGAGUGGGCUACGUGCCAAUCACAGGUGUGCCCACCGUCUACAACCAGGGGGUGGUGCCCAUGGGGAUGCCAGCGGUGUCGGCGCCCGCGCCCCAGAGCACCCCGUGCAGCGCGGAGGAGCUGAAGGCCCUGCAGGACAUGUUCCCCAACAUCGACCCUCAGGUGAUCCGCACGGUGCUGGAGGCCCAGAGGGGCAACCGAGAGGCCGCCAUCAACUCCCUGCUGCAGAUGACUGAGGAGCUGUGAGGACGAGGUAAAGGCUGGCGACGAGGAGAGGAACGGAGAGAGGGAGGGGGUGCAACAGGAAGAAGGAAGGAGAUCUGACUGCCGGCUGCUAUACUGCUUGUGCAGCAGGAUCAUCAACCACCGAUGCAGGAAGAGCAGCUGCAGACAGACAGACAGACUCGGGGCUGGGCUCUGGAUGCUCAAAAUGCAGUCAGUUCAGGGAAUGGGAUGAAAUGCAGUUUUCAUUACAUCAGCCCAAGUACCCCUUGACAUUCUUAAGGUGUUUUUGCUUUGGUGAGCUUUUUCAACUUGAACUUAAUUGAAGGCAAACUAACUACAGGGUUCGUGGAAAGCCUGGCGAGGUAUUCGUCUGGACUUUUAUCACCUGUUUGAUAUACUGGAACUGGGCAAGAUCCCAAACUGGAAAUUGUGUGUUCAAUUUGGUAAACUGAGCAUUUGUCCAAUCUACUAUUUGAAAUUAUAUGUUCUGAAAGCCAGAAGGAAAAACAGUGUAGUAGUGUAGCCAUGUGUGGCUACUUCUCCUUGCUGCCUCUAGUGAGUCAACCCUGUCUACCUGCAUGAUCCGAUUGUAUUUAGUGCAUUCCCUGAACUGCCUGCAUUUAGGCAUUCGAGCUCAGCCCUGCUUGGCAGAAGCCUGUAAAUAUACACACCCAGAACACAGGAGACUUCAACCACCACACUUCACCACCACCACCACCGUAAACACACAAUUGUAAUCCAGACUACUAUUCACCAGUAGUGAGCACUACUCACGACUGCUCAUAAACUCCAGAUAGUGUAACCAACUUUUUUCAUUAGGUCCAGUUGACGUGUUCGAUAUAUAGGCAUUGCAUAUGAAAUGCAGAUACAGCCCACCUUGGAAGAGAUUAUAACGCCUUUCUUUACAGAAGAUCUAGACACACUGUGGUUUUUGUGUUUCAGAGUGCUGAUUUGAUUACUUUUAUUGGAGUUUGGCUAAGAAGCAAGUCAUGUUGGUCUGUUUCAAAUUAUUAUCUGUCUGAUAUAGAUAGACGGUGGAUACCGGUAUGUAGAUUGAUCCAUUUGAUGAAGACUUCUUGUCCUUGAAAUGGUAGGCUAGCACUGGCACAGUUUUCAAGCUGACUUCAUUCUUUUGAAAUAUUUUUUUUUUUUGGUGAAUGCCCCCUUGUGGUUGGCAGACAAAUUGCAAGAUGAUUACUCUCAGAAACCUUCCGCAUCAGCAAUCAGAAUCAGUGUAUUCUUUAGGAGGGCAUGACUGGCUGUUUGUCAAUGUAAUGUAAGAUUAAGCAUGACUAGCAGUGUCCAGUGCAUCCUGAAAUUAUUAGCCGCUACAGACAGCUAGAUGAAUACUAGUUUCCAUUAGUAUUGCUAGCCACCUAUAGGUGUUGGUUGAGUGCUCCUUUCCCCUGCGUGUCUUGUAUAUUAGUAUUUCCCCAUACCUAUGCUUGUGCAUGAGAGUAUGGUGGGGGUAUCUGUGCAUUCUGUAGUAAUGCAUUUCUCUCUUUCCUCUCUCUGUGUGUGUAUGUGUGUGCGCGUUUGAUACAUGCUGAUUAUAUGUAUAAAUAUAGUUCUAUAUAUUUAAAGGAUUAUAAUUUAUUUUGAGAUGAUUACCAGUUUUGGUCUGUGUGGGUGGGUGUAUGUGUGUUCAUGCUCACUAUUUUGUGUAUGUGUGAAGAGUGGUUCUGUAUCAGCUAAUUUAUGGGAGAUGUGCAAAAAUAAUCGCCUAAGACGGCCAAUGAUGUCAUUUCCGGGCUCACCCAUGAGUGUGUAUGUAGUGGCCAUAGUGUGAUUCUUCUGUCUUAUGGCUUGUGCUCCGCAGUGAUCUCUCCCUCAGUGUCGCUGUGUUGUGGCUGUGUGCAAGGCCAAGGGGCUGCCUCCAUUUCCCCUGACUUUCAAGAGCUUUAUCAUUCAUGCACCAAUGUGUAUAAGUGUGCAAGGCCUACAAACACACACACACACACACACACACACACACACACUUGUACUCACUGACAAGAUAUGAUAUUAUCGCAGUUCGCCAAAGGUUCUAUUUUAACAAUGUAUUGAUGUUGUAUAUCUGCUGUUUCUCCCGUAAUGCGCAUGUGUUUUCAUUUCAGCGGAAAUACUCAGUGUCUAUCAUAACCAUUUUUACCAUUUUUGCCAUAUCCCUAACUUGCCAUGUGUUUGAAGCCAAUAAGAAGCCGACACAAUUGGGCCAUCAUAUAAUUAUCCAGUCAAGUUACAAAAUUCUAUCCCUAUAAAGCUACCUUAAUGUUUUAAUUGAUCAAAUACCCUUUGACAGUUAAAUGAAAGAAAGAAUCCACAUGUCACUCUUCUUGCUCUGUUAUUACUUAAAUCGGUUGUGAAAUAUGAUUGAUUUCUAGAUCUGUCUAUUAUAUAGCAGAAAAAGAUAUUUCAGCGGCGGAAUCUAUAUAAUACCUCUGUGGGUUUAUUUUAAGAUACUUUAGGCAUUCAGAUAGCCAAUGAACAAUGUGCAUUUUAGUAUUAAUUUAUAUUUUCACCACCAAUAAACCUCUAACAUUUAUGAGCUACUGUAAAUUAAUUUUUUGUCACUAUACUGUCUGUAUUCUACAUUGUCUCUGUUUUGUAUAGAGAACUAGAUUAAUGUUUAAUGAUCAAUCGGCAUUGGGCCUUCAGUAGAAAGGGCAUUUCUCUCCAUUCCCAUACCUUACACAUAUUUAUAGUGGGCAACAAAUCUUCAAUACCUCUUUUCAUUUAAAAGGAGAGUUGCAAAAGCAUCCAUGACAAGUGAUUCAAAACCGCAUUUGAGAAAUAAUGAUUCAUAUAAUGAUUGGAAGCAGAGAUUCGAAAUCAAAAGCUAAAAAUAACAACUUUAGUUGUUAUUUGUUGUAGUUUGGUUAUCUGCUCAACACUUGUCACUGUUCUGGAUUUUAAAGGUUCGCAGACAGUAUCCAGUGCUUCUCAUUUCUCCUCAUGGCUUAAGUCCACACAUUAAAUCCCACCACAUUUAUGCACAAAUAUGCCUGGAGCACUUUGAACAGAGAUAUUUACCGGUUUCAAACAUUGUAACAGACGAAUAGAUCUGAUGUACGAGAACUUAAAGUCUGGCUGUUGGAAGACUAUUUGUAUGUUGUAUGAGUAAACACCUGAGAGCCGACUGAUCUUGUUUGGCUGUCUGCAUAGCCUUUUCCACUGGCUGUUCUCACAGCGAUUCUUCAGGUUGUGAGAGUGACUUCAGGUUGUCUUGGACUCCUCAUGGUCCCGGAGUCCUUGCAAGAGCUGUGAGCAGGAGUUUUUUUUUUUCUUUCUUUUUUUUUUUUGGUGAUUAGGAGUGUGACUGCACUGAUUUUUCAGUAGAGUAGUGCAACGCUGAGCUCUAGUCAUCUCUUAAAGCAUCACUUCAUUCUCGUAGCAGUCCAGGUUUUUGUCUGUCAGGGUGGAAUGUACUGAAUGCCAUUAGCACUUUCACAACUCGUGUGUCAGAAAUCUAGCUUUCUGUUAUUUCCUUUUGGUGUUACAAAUUAUAUGAUCAAUCAAUAAAAGGAAAAUUAUGAUCUUA